AUGUUGUCCUCUCUGUUGCUUUUUAGAUCUACUCUCGAGGACUUGUCAGUUGUGCCUGCGCCGGCUGGCGUCGCCGCUCCAGCUGAGCGCUGGGUCGCUAAAGACUCGCAGACAUCAGAGGGAGAGACUGACCGCGUCUUGAGGACGUCGAGGGCCGUCCACUUCCCUGCUCCCGACUCUUCCUCAAAUGGUGAGACUCUUGUGCACACAAGUGACGCCUGUUGUGACACCACCGUGGACGAGUCAGAGUUUGAUGAAUCGUAUCCUCCAGAGCAACGGCUAUACGAUGUGAGGACAUCCAUUGAGCUUUCGACUUUACCAGAACAAUCAGUGUUGAAGGGCAUGACGGGAGAUGUCAGCGCCCCCGCUUCAGCACCUGCCGGCACCAAUCACCGCGAGGAAGACGACGAGGGAGAAACUGGCUCGUUGACUGCAUCGCCGGUGCCGGGUGCAUGGAGGCAUCACCCCUGUUUCCAUUCCACUUCUACCGAUAAAAACAACAGCAUGGCGGUGCUCUCUGAUGCGGCGGCUCUGAUGAUUGCGCACGCAGUGCAUCGCUCCUCACUCCUACAGCAGUGCUUCACACAGUGGCAGGCUCAGCAAGCACGUCAUGCGCAGCGAUGCCUGCAUCGCGAGCGCUUCGCCGAGGGCUACUACCAGCGUAACCUCCUGUACCUCUUCUUUCGCGCGUGGCAGUGGCGUCAUGCUCGACGUAUUGAAUUUGCAAGGCAGCGACGAGCGCUCGAGUCGCUACGCGCGCGCCAUCUUCGAUGCCGCUCGUUUGUUGCGUGGAAGCGAUGGAAAAAUGAGCGAAAGCAGCUGCGGGGAAGAGUGGAUGAGAUGCAGGUGAAGACUGGAAUGGCGUUUACUCGACAGUGCUUCGGACGGUGGCAUCGCACGUCAGCGCGUCGAGCACUCGCUCGGGCAGCGGCUCAGGUGUCGGCAGAUAUCCUACGAAAUGCGCGCUUUUGCCGCUGGCGGUGCUUUACCCUUCAACGCAAGCAAGAGCGUCUGUUCGUGAGUGUCUUGAUGAUUCACACGCCGAGGGCGUGGGCUACAACUCAGAAAAGUAGUUUCGGUGAACUGCAUCUGCGCUAUGCAUGGAUUCAGUGGCUGCGCGUGACGAUGCAGCGCCGCGCAUGCCAGCUGCACAGGUAUGAAAGUGCCGUGGCAACUGUGACGAUGCGCGCGCAACAGGCCCUUCAACGGAGAGGAUACGUAAGGUGGCUUCAGCUCACGUACGCGUUGCUCCAAGUGAGGUACACGCAGCGUGGACUUCUUCAGAGAUACUACAGGAGCUGGGCCCUCUUAGGCCGUCUUAGCCAGACAGGACUGCGGUGGGAGAGGGAAUCCCGCUCCCCGCAGGUGCAGCGUGGAUGCCUUGCGCAGUGGCGUGAUCGCUUGGGAGGACGACAAGCCAAUUGCAGGCGUCUUAGAAGGGCGGAGUUCUUCUUUGAGUCUGUCGUGCAGGUCCAUAUAGUGCAUGCCGCCUUUCACUGCUGGCACGCCCGCCACUCCAGUCGCUCAAAGACUCAGCGAAUGCGCCGCGUGGCAGAGGAGUACGCGCGGCCGGCGCUGCUGCGACACCUAUUUCUGCGUCACGUCACAGACGGCGUGUUGGCGUCACCGCUAGGGCUGGAAGAUGCGCUCAAGUGCGAAGGUCAGCAUCAGCGUGCCGACACGAAGCUGGUGCAGCCGGUGAGCAAUGCCACUGUUUCAAGCGAGAGCGGCACUGGCGAAGCCUCCACAAAGACAUCGGGGGGAACCUCUCAGCGUCUUCGACCGCCAAUACCGCUUUUUCACCACCGUCACGCUUCUCCUGGGAAUCCCAGCGUCCCUGCAGCGUGCCUUGAUGUGUCUUCUGAGCCCAUCCGGAGGACUGACCGCAGUGAGGUGGCUGUCACAGCACGGAUGGUAGCAGCCUCGGCCCCUGAGGAUGUCCUUGACACGGAGGCGUUACUGCUACCACCGCCUUCCUACGAGGAAGUGAUGAGCUCUUGGCGUGCGAUGGACACGAGCGGUCGAAUCGGGUCACGUGCUCUUCCUGCGCGCACGGAUGUUGGUGUGGGCACCAGCUGCGAGGUGCCUGCACCAGUGCAGUGCGCUACUCCGCCCACGAACAGCGCAAGUGGCCGCUCGACCGUGCACCCGGAUGUCGCUCAUCAGCGAGAGGAGUUUGCUCCACCUCUCGUUUCUACAGUGCCUGGCCGAGGCACGUCGCCUGCCGGUGCGCCAAGCGCGUGGCCAGCAGCAGUUCCUUGCUACUUCGCCCCAAAGGGUUCUCCGGUUAGCUGGACGUUAGGCCUUCUUCCUACGAUGAGUGGGUGGCCGACUCUAGGCACCCUUGCCCCGCCAUCAGAGGCCGUGAUUUCGCUUGCAGGUGCCAUAGCUGCCUGUGAGAGGGUUUAUUGUGCGCCUCCGACAGGCGAUGUUGUGCCGGCAGUGAUCGAGCCCUCUGCAUGUGCUGUGUUCAGUCACGUUCGCACCGAAGGUGACGCUCAGGCCUCUGCUGUCGAGUAUGGACCAAGAGCGCCCGCCACUCUACCCUCACCGGCUGUUUCUCUACUAUCUGAGGGUCUCCUUCCAGCACCGCUGUCCCCACAGACGCACUACAGCGUUGACAUUCACAGCCAUGUUGACCGUUCCUCCCCUUCUACUCGCUUGUCCAGUAGCGCAGCACGCGCCGGUGAUCUUGGCUACGUGAAGUCUUCUGACGCACGAGGUCAUCGAAGCCACAAAGCACAGCGACGGUGCGUUGGACCUCCUGCCGCGGCCCUUGACAAGGCCAUCCUUUCGCAUGGUCGCGUGCCUCUCAGCUUUGCGGGUCGUCGUACUGGGAAUGAGAAGCGCAGAGUCGUACCUUCCCCAGAUCUGAAGGAGACACGAGGUGCGCAGUCAGCGCAUUUCAUCCCCUCCUCUUCCUCGUCUUCGCGGUCUUCGCACUCCCCGCCCACAUCCGCUGCGCCUCGAGCGAGUGACGCGGUACCGUUUCCACUGUGUCCUACUUUCACCACCACCGACUCCGCAACGCUUCGAGCGCGGGGAAGGAGCGUUCUCGGCGACUAUAAGCGCCGCACACGCUUAAUCGCGGCGGAGAAGGCGGAGCUUGUCACCAUCGAAUCACAGCUGGCCCUGGCAUCCCCCACCACGGAUAGCGCUUCCCAAAAGGAGCUGUCGAAAAGGCGGCGGUACUUGCAGCAGCGCCUUCUGGAGUGGGAGCAGCGACGUGCGCAGGUCGCGCAGCUCGCCGUGUGGCUGGAGGGCUGCGUUAGCGCUGCCACGUCGGCGGCAGCCUCCCAAGGGGAUAUUGGUGAGCUUUAG